CCGAACGCUCCAGCAGUAAACGUUAUCCGAAACUGGCCACGCGCAAAUCAAGCUGGCCACCAUGGUGACCAAUGUUGCGGCAACGGGGACAGCGACUACGAGUGCAACCAACAACAACACCGGCAACAGCAACACCACGAACAACAACAACCUGCAGACGAACAACAACAGCCAUGCGGCGAACAACAACAACGAUGACUUUGACUUUGACCAGGAUAGCGGACUGCAGGACCUCGGCUUGCCGGUGUCCGUGCAGACAUUCCUGUGGCGCCAAAUAGCGCCCUUCAUCCGGCCAAAGUUGGGCAAGCUGCACGAGUCUACCUGUCUGUUUUGUCAACAUGCACCGGGACACCAUGAGUCGAAGGAAGCCUGCAAGUCCUUUGAGAAAGUGCUUGUGCAGAACAUCCAGUUUGGUCUGUCACCUCCUCUCACAAAAGGAUUGGGUGUCAUCCCGCGAUGGCGACUGUUGCAAGGAGCUCUUCCACAUGUUAUGCAUGCCUGUGCCGCUUUACUCUAUAAUCGAGUCAAGGACAUGCAGGCUAUUGGACCGGUGGAAACCAAAUUGCUGUACACCAUGCAAUGGAUCCUUCUUUAUGCCGCCGAGGAAUGUGCCGAUGAUGAAGGCGGUGAGGAUCUGGGAUUGGGCGAUGCAGCCGAGCCAAAGUCAAAAUCUAUAGAUCAGUAUUUGUUUUCAGUGCCAACAAUUACACUUUUUGUGUACCUCUUUGCCCCAAUAAUACACCACUUAAAGGAAUCAGAUUUCCAGAACUUCCGCCUGGAGAAUGGCAUUAAGCUCUGGCAGGGAAUGUGGGACAAUCGAGCACCAGGUGCUCCAUGUUUCACAGCUCCGGUUAAACCGAAAGCCAGGAACUUGCUUUGUGCACCCACUCCAAAGGGUUCUACAGAUGUUUUCCCAGCCAGAAAGCAUUCUCUUAGUGCAGAUGCCAUGUCACCCAAAGCAGAUUCGCCACAAAGUGGUAUCUCUGAUUAUGGCAGGCAGGAUGAGGAGGGCUCCUGGGUUUCCUCUCCCAAAGAGUUCGCCUUCCCUGAAACCAUACCAGAAGAAGCCUCAAGCGUGGAAGAUGAACGCGUUGUCAUUUUUCGGCUGCCUUCGGCGCCACAACUAAUGGAUAACUCAUUCUUUACGGCCGAUGCCAGUCUGCUGCAGCAGCAGCAAUCCCAGAGUCGUCGGGGAAGUCGUCAAUCGAUGAAUUCCCGCGAUAAAGACAAAGCGCCCUCCACCAAAUUCGAGUUUGAUCAGCAGGAAUUAAUGCGCGGUGCUUCGAUGAAGGAAAAGCGGAGUGCCUCCAUUGAAAAGGAAACUGAUUCGGAUAAGUCAGAAAGUAUCAAGGCAGAUGUUUCGGCAGCUACUUUUCUGGAUGUGGCGGUACUUCGUUGCCUAUUCAUUUCCCAUUGGCAGGAGGAGGGCAUCUUUUGGAGUCUGCAAUAUCUAUACAAUCGACUAAGUGACAUUGGCGAGGAGGCUGCCAUCACUUUAAAUCAACCACGCAAGCGCUCAAACUCCUUGCCCAUACCACAAAUCGAGAUAUCACUGUACCAGGGACCCGGCAGCAACAGUCGCGAUAGUCCUGGAAGUUCAGUGGUUAAGGACUACAUCGAAAUACCCGAUCCUUCGCCAACUGUGACAGCCUGUGUUGCAGAGGAACCUCAUAGUGCACCCAGUACAACCGAAAGGCGUGGCAGCGAGAAAAAGAAGCGAGUCAAAAUGGCUGAUCUGCGGGCAUUCGUGGAGACAAAGAUGUUCUCCAAGUCGGAGAAGAACUUGGAAAAAGUAGGGCUCGACACAAACUCAGCCAAUGGCAAGACACCACUGCAACAUGCAGAAUACCAUCGCAGUCUGGAUACGGGUGAAAAGAAGCUAUCGAGAUCUGCUUCAAUGAUAAGUCGCGAACCAGCCAGUAAUUUAAUCAAGGGAAAAUCCAUGCCCAGUCUCAGCUGUCUGCUUGAUAGCGGAUUUUACAGAUACGUUGAGCCACCCAAGGCGCCAAGGCCGUCGCAGGCCACCUGUCCGCGUUCCACGGCGUUCUAUCCUAGGAAUCCCAUCAUUACGGUCACGGAACACACACCUACACCCUCGCCGGAUUACAUGAAGCGACAGGGAUCCAUUGACUCCCAGCUGGAUGCCUUGAGCAAUGGCGGCAGUAUUGCCGGCAUGGGUGGAAAUGGAGGGGGAAAUGGCAGUACUGGCAUGGGCAGUACCACAACUCGUUACCGGGGACAAAUGCUGCGCUCCCACACGGACUCCCACAUCGAUUACACGGGAGUGGACGAGUCGGAGGCUCCAGGAUCCUCCUUCUAUAUAACACGCGAUGGCGGCAUUGAUUACGAGAUAAUCCUGCUGGCCAUCAGCAAUGUUUUUAAAAGGGAUCCUGCCCAGGUUUGCUCUCUUCGAGUUUUGGAAGCAGGUCUAAACAUCUGUGAACUGCUGAUCGAAAUGGGAGUUCUCAAGUUGGGAGAACAUGCUCACGAGAUUUCCAUGAGUAUUACGAGGAGAGCUUUGCAGGUGUUGGGUUGCCCACACGGAUGUAAUGAUGGUGUUCGAGGUCCACCAGCUGACUUCCUGCGCAACCAGUGCCAGAAGAUCCUGUCCCGCAUGCUGAGACAGGCAGGUCAAAGGACCAAGCGCUUCAUGCAGGAGAUGGUGAAGACAUCGCCACUUCCGGAACUCAUCGACUACUUUCACGCCUUCCUGGCCUUCUGCGUGGAUCCCAGUUCCCUGCUCUCGCCACUAACUCAUAAACGUCAGAGUGGAUAUAAAAAUGCUAACACCGAUAUUGGCGGCGUACCAGGUCAGGGCGGCUACUCCACCAAUUUUAGUGGAGGAAUGAGCGGCGGUGCCGAGGCCCAAGUGGUUGGAGCGGUCUUCAAGCCCCUGGUCAGUCGCUUCGUGGAGGCUAGCAAGGAUCUGAAGGGUCCCGAGAACAUCGCCCUCUACGGCGACAUUCGGCAGUUGGUCACCUACGUGAAGGGAGCCCAUGGCGGUCCGUUUCGCCUGGUGGCCCUCAGUGGGAUUCUAGCCGUCACCCCAAGGCCACACAAGAAGGGUCCGUCGGCGCAGACCACCAGGGUCAUAAGGCACAUUCCUCAGGCGAAUGUGACACAGAGUCUGCAGAACGACGACAAUCGCUCCCAGCGACGUUUGCUGCUCAAGAAGCGGAGUACCUCAUCAGCCUGCGCCGUGAGCCUGCUGGAGACGGAGGCCUGCGAGGAGCACUACAAGACCAGCCAGUCGCCGCUGAGCAACUUCCGCCGGAGGACGACCGGAGUGCGACCCACUUUGACCCCGCGGCACAGCGAACGCGCCCUGUUGUCCGACUCGACGUCCAGCUCGGAACGCAAUUCGCUGGGACGGCUCAGCGGCUUGGUGCGCUGGUUCCGCGGCACGCCCAAGGAGGCCUCGUCGAUCGACCUGGAGAUCGGGUCGCUCAAUCCGGAGAUCUCCUCCACGUUCAUGCGGCACGCCUCGCUGAAGAUCCAGCGCGGCCGCUCGAGCGAUGGUCCGUCGGCCCUGCAGCGCGCCAAGCGACGCGUCGAGCGGCGGCUGAACCGUUUCGGCGGCAUUGUGAAGGGCAAGAAGAAGGUGGGCGGCAUCGAGGAGACCGCCGACUUCAGCCGGCGCAGCUCGUCGGACAUGUGCGACGGGCCGCGGGAGUCGGAGGUGGUGAUCCUCAAGGAGCGGAAACUGGUGCCCACCGAACCGGUACGCGUGGGCAUGCUGCGAUUGUCCUUCCUCCUGGAGACCUGUGCGCCUGGCUCCUUUCCGGAUCCACAACUCGUGGCAGCAGUCCUUGAUCUGCCCCAAGCCCCCCUCGUGGCUCGUGCCACCUUCCUUUUGGAGUGCGCCCACUUUGUCCAUUUGUGCAACAAGGGUCAAUGGCCGGCAUGGAUGAAGCAAAACGUGGGUAGCUAUCGGGCAUCGGGGGCCAAUAUUAAUCUCAACCAGAUGAAGCAGCAGGUGAGCCAAACGAGCGCCAGAAGGACGCACAUCCUGCAGCGGGCUGCUGGAAAGAUGUUCCACCAGUGGGCCGAGAUGGUGGGUGCCAGGCUGGAGGAGAUCCUGUUCACCGAGAGAUUGCAAUACGAAGCUGUGAACGCCAGUCUCACGGACCCGGAGAAGCAGCGGGAGUUACUGCAGCAGGACGAGGAGGAGGACUUCCUGGACGAGACCUCCGUCAAUCCGCAUGGCAAUGAUUGUCCCCACUCCUUGAAGCUCAUCGCCUGUGUGUUGCUCUUCGAGAUUACCGCCUUUCUGAGGGACACCUACUUGAUGCUUCCAAAGACCUCCAAGCUGAUCCAUCGGGAUAAACCGGCGCCUUGGGAGAAGGUUUAUCGCGAGGCCAAUCGCCGCUGGUCCAUGGCCCUCAGUUCCAUGGGUCACUCGCAGACCUCCGCCCAGAGCCUCCAGUCGAUAGCAGCGGGAAACGACGGAGCCGGCCAGUCGGAGCGGAAGAUAUCCUUCGUGCUCCACGAACCGGACAACGAGUCGGAGAACAGCAGCAACACAACGCUGACCAAGGAGGGGGAGGAAGCUCGUCGUCCAACUGCAUCAGCUGUACGUCCAUUUUUAUUAAGACGUGGCACAGCCACUACAACGGGAGGAUCCUUUAAGCGCAGAUCUUUGAAGCUGCGACGCAACACCAAGGACAGCAAGGACAUUGAAACAGAUUUCAACAUGCAAUCGCGUCGCAAAGUCUCCUCGCUUUCCGACCGCAGUGAUACUUCAGAACAGGGAAUGAUCAGCGGAGGCGAGGAGUCACCGGGAAUCCUCAGUGAUGAUCAGCAGCCGGAAUCACCUACAGACUCAAAUGAAAACGAUGACACAGCCAAGAAUAUGCCUUGGCUAAAGGCUAUCAUCGAUUUGAUGUCCAGCUACAAUUACUAUUGCACCCACAAAGGAUAUUGUCAUCCUUUCUGUUAUAAAAGGCAUAUGCGUUCCUGCACUCGUUUGGUUAAGGCCACCAGAAAGGUUUAUGGCGAGGAGUUCGGCUUUAGCUUUGAUUCAGAUCAUCCCAAUGUGGAACCCACAAUAAUUACUUCAAGUAAACCACACACUUCGCGUUCUCGCUCCACUCGAAAAGUUUCUGAGCAAAGUUCCACCCAGACUUCUCCUUCUAAGCGGAAGGAUAGUUUGUCUCGGAAAGAUCGCAUAAGUGAUGAUCCUGAUCUGGAAAUGGCGGAGAAACUGGCCAAAGCCUUCCGCCAGGAGAAGGAAAAGAAGAUGCAGGAGGAACCUCCCAUCCUGAAGUUCAUCCGCAUCCACAUCCGUAACCUGUUCCACUUUCCGUUGGCCACUCUGCUUAAAGGAGCUGUUGUCCUCACCGAGGAGAUGGUCAUUGAGGCAAUGCCCGCUGCCUGGGAACUUUUGCUGGAAACGAAUCAUGAUACGGCCACCUCAAGUGCCGCCGUAUUUCUGAUGGGUUCAGUGAAAGCCCAGAACUUCGCCUUCGACAUUAUGCAGCGGGCUUUGAAGCACAAGGAUCCGGAUAUAAGGAUCGGCGCCAUUCAGCGUUAUCUGGUGCUGUGGAAGUGCCGAUUCCACGUCUGGCCGCGAAUGGAGGAGAAUGCCCAUGAUGUGACUUUCAAGGUGCCACCAGGUGGCAUCGAGUUCACCCUACCGUCGCCUAAAAUCGGAAUAGAAAGCCUGCCGGUGGUGGAUCCACCCUGGAUGCCAGUGCAGCAGACAAAGGACAUGGAUGUGACCCUGAAUCAGGAUAGACAUCGAUCUUUGGUUACUGCCACCAAAAGCCGCAAGAUGCAGCAAACGGAGGCGAUAAGAAAUGCUUUAAGACAGCAGAGGGAUAAGCAAAGGGCAGAGCGCCACAGUUUCCUUAUAACAAUGAUACCCAUUAGUCAACAGGCUUCUCAUGAACCCGGAAUGGAGAAGCUGGAGGAUCAUGAGAUCGAGGAGGAUCUGGAUGGCACGCGGAUGUCCUCUCAUUUGCACCAUGCCCAUUCGCUUUUCCCCUCUGUACUUUGCUCCUCCGUGAUGCAGAUUGUCGGUUGUCUGGAUGAUGCAGCCAUUGGAUCGGAUGGAAAUGCGGUGUACGAGAUUGCCUACCAGGUGAUCUGGGUUUGUUUGGUGGAGGAGUCUGCUCUCUUCCUGCGGUAUGUUUUUGAGCGCUUAACUAGGGACCGUCAGGAUCAGAUGUUCAAGCUGCUGAGGCACCUCAUUCGAUUUGUGCCACGUUUGCCACAACAAGCUGCCUUUGCCCUGUAUAACUCGAUAAUAGGAUACAUCAUGUUCUAUGUGAGAUCUUCUAAUGAGCUAAAGCAGGAGCUCGUUGGAUCAGCUUUAUCGGUACUUUGGAUGGUGGUGCACUCGGUCCAUGGCAUUAUGUUCAAGGAUUUAAAGCAGAUUUUAAGGAAGGAACAAUGUGAUGCUUCUAUUCUAUUAACAGCCAAUGUACCCGCGGCCAAAAAGAUUGUAGUACACGGACCAGCUGAUGAUGACUACAAUAUACCCUCCCAGUUUCCAGUGCAGGAGGAUACUCUCUUCUGCCAGUUGCUCAAGGAGGCCUUGGAUUACUAUCCCAUUGAUGAGAAGAACACCAGUCACUACUGUUUGGUGGAUUACAAGAGCAGUAAAAUCCUUAAUCCGAAUUGGUACAUCCGUGACCUGUACUUCUUUAAGCGAUCCCAAUACCCGGAGGUGCGACUCAUGCUAAUGCGUCCGGAGGAGUCCUUCCUGGCGCUCCAGAAACAGGAACUCACCAAAAAGUUCGUCGAGAUCGGCAAGGUGCAUCUGACCUGGGCCAUUCUCAAGAACGUGGACAUGGUGGUGCAGCGAGUGGUGUUCCUGCACGAGGAGCUGAUGAAGCUGCCCUCCUUCCCGCGCAAGGCGCUCGAGGUGGAUCUGGAUCUGCACCAUGGCGGCGAGUACGGAAAGGUGCUGCUCGGGUUGGACGUCCUGCACAAGUUCAUGUGGGUGCGACUGAUCGCCCGCAUGUUCGAGGCCAUGGCCGGUAACUUUGCCUACUCGGCGGACAUCCAACUCUUCCUGAACGUCCUUUCCGGCGCCUCCAUUCUGCACGCCGAAGACUCGUGCAUCAUGCGCUAUGUGAUGGCCACCUUCAUCAACGCCGCCUUUAAUUUCAAGAACAUCUUCUCCACAAACGGUUACUUUAUGAUCAUGCCCACUUUGUUGCAAGUCUAUUCGCUGCACCAGACCAACAAGCUGAUCACCACAACGAUUGAGUACGCGGUCAAGCAGUUCUACCUGCUCAACAGGAAGCCCUUCAUCCUGCAGAUGUUCGGUUCCGUUUCCGCCAUCCUGGACACGGAUGAGGAUGGCACCUAUGGCGAGGCCCACAAGGUCCAGUCCAGCUGUCUCUUCAACCUGCUCUUGAGUCUGGAGGAUCCCUCUCCGGAUCCGCUUAACAUUGCGGAGUUGGUCAAGGAACCCAAACCUCUAAAGGCCAUUGAUUUCUGUUACCACGACGAGGAUGACGAUGUCACUGUGCUCGACUGCAUCACACUUUGUGUCAUGGUGGUGUCCUACUCCGCCGAGAGCACAAGAGGAUAUCAAAUGCUAAUAAUUUUGGAAGCCAUUCUGCCCUGUUACCUGCAACAAAUCCAAUCGCCCAGUUAUAUUCCACUGCAGGGAAAAUCCGAGCGGGACAUUAUCCUCCAGUUGGCAGUGGCCAUUAGGACUAUGGUGCACAACUGCGAGGGUCUGGCAAAAAGCUACAAUGGACCAUAUCGGAAUAGUCCAGAGCACAAGGGCUCCUCACAGCGAAAUUGCAGCAGGGGACCUCCCUGCUCCCCAGGACUCGAUUUCGAGGAGGAAACGCAUCCCAAAUAUAUGACUGAUGCCCGAACGAAGAACAUGAUGGAUUCCGCUGAGGAUUCGGAAAUGAUAAGAACGGAAUACAGGAGACCCCGUGAUGUUCUGCUCUCCGUGGUGGCUGAUUUCCUCACCAAAUCCACAGCUAGACUGGCUGAAUUGGCCAAGAAGAUGCCAAGUGAUACGAAACCCACGGAGGUUCUGGAUGCCAAGUGCCACAUUCGAUUGGCGGACAUUGCGCACUCGCUGCUUAAGGUUUCUCCCUACGAUCCGGAAUCCAUGGCUUGUCGGGGGCUUCAACGAUACAUGCAGGCGGUAUUACCAAGAGCGGAGUGGUCCAACGAUACUCUACGCAACGCACUGGUCACCAUCCUGCGACGCAUUGAUAAGGUGUUCCUGAAGAUCUCGAAGAAACCGUCGAUUCGAAGGAAUACGGACUGGGAGGCGGCCGCCGGACUGCUGAAGGGCAUCCACGAGACGAUCAUACGGCACUCGUACGUGCUGCACUGGCAGCAGAUGAAAACCCUGAUCAGUACGGUGCAGAAUCUGAUCGUCAACGAACCCGGAUCCGGCAUCCCCGAGGGCGUCUCCAGCGCAGGAGCAGCGCUCAUGUCUCAGAAUCCGCCGGCCUUUUUCUGCUCGGCCGUGGUGCGUUUGGUGGCCCUCCAGGUGGUCAGCCCCGUGGACUGUUUCUCGCUGGUCCAGAUAUGCGGCGGCAGUGCCGAGUUUGCCACGCAGGAAAAGGCCGAGGGCUUUCUAAUGCAUCUGAUAAUGCCACUGUGUCUGAAGGUUUGCUCGGGCCGAGGCGUUUCCGACGUGGGCGAAUUGAAGAUGACCGACGUCUCCUUCCUGCUGACUGCCGUGUUGAACGCGAUGAGUCCCCCGGCGGGUCGUACCGGCCAGGCCGUGUCUCAGAUAAACCGGGUCACCGGCGACCUUCGGGCCGGAAGUCUCACCUUCACCGGCAGUCGGGAUGCCAAGCGCCCGGCUCGCAUCUCCGGCUCCCUCUACCAGGCUGCCUUCCUCGCGCUGCGCAUCGUGUGCAUCUGCUUCGAGAGCCGGCUCUCCACCGAGUGGCCCCGCAUUGUCCGGGUGAUGAGGGACCUCGGGCGGCGCAACGAGGCGGCACCGGACCUCUGGAGCUUCAUGGAGUUCGUGGUGACCCACCGAACGCCCCUCUACAUUGUCCUGCUGCCCUUCAUUCUGCACAAGAUUUCGCAGCCACCCAUCGGCGACCACGAACGUCACAUGCAGUUCAUCAUUAGGGAACGACUGCGUGGAACGCCACCGCAGGGUGGGAUCAAGUCCAAGGGAGCUCUGCUGCUGGAACUGGCCCGGGAGCUGCGUGACCUGCGCGACGAGCUGGAGGAGAAACGAUACGUCUCCACAGAUCGCGAGAGUUCCGAGCAGAAGAAGAGCGACACACCGGCGGCAACUAGUGCGGCAGACGCCCACAAGUCGCAGCAAAGACCUUCACUCAUAUCUAUCUUCACAGGAACCACCACCGGCCAGGCAUCGCACUCGCACGUAUCCGCCGUGCCAAUCGACUCGCGCAGCGGAUCCGGCGGGAUCUGCACGCCCAGCGACACGCUGUCGCAGCAGACGCUGCACCCGCCGCGGGAGUCGCUGUCGAGCAGCUCGACGGGCCGGGAUCCGCACACGACGACCAGCGAGAGCCAGAGCGGCGAGGCGGACGCAGGAUCGGCGCCCACGUUGGUGGGGCCCACGCCGAGCGGAUCGGGACACGGAUCGGCCGGUGCUAGCGGCACCGCCUCCGCCGUGCCCUCGCACCUCUCGCAUUCGCAGUCGUUGCAGCAGGCUCCCUUCAAGGCGCAGCCGCCCAAGCUGCGCUUCGUGUCCUCCGUGGAGUUCCGGCACUCCUCGGGGGAGACCUCGACCACGCCGCUAUCGCCCGAGAGUCCGGCGGAGGACAGUUCCGGGGAUCACACAAGGUCCAGACUUCAGCGCUCCAAGGCGGCCAGUCGGAAGACCUUCAGACUGAAGCGCAGUCGUCUUACGCCCAUGGAACCUCCAAGCAUUGUAACCUCCCAGGAGGAGCAGCCUCAGCAGGCGCAGGCAAAGACCCUGGGAGAGAUAUCCUGGGACUCUGUUUCUCAGACAUCCUCCACUUCCGGCUAUCGGGAUAACAACAGCUUGCAGACAGGGCUCCUUUCCCCAGAUGGAUCCUUGGGCGGUUUGACCCUGGGUCGCUCGCCCUCGCAGCACUCGCUCCUCAUGGUAUUCGAGGGGCAGGACGAGGACACGCUCAUUUAACAAUCACAGAACGGCGACCGGGCCUAUGAACUUUAGAACCAAUUAGUUCCACGGAUAAAAGGAAUUUGGAGUAGAGAAAUGUGCAAAGAGUAGUUGUUGGAUGUUAAGUUUUGUAGACGAAUCGUUGUUUUCCAUUAUGUGCCAUCUUUUGUAUGCGAUAGGUAAAGUUAGAUACUAAUAAAUGUACUUGGUAGCCGUUCGAA